CGAGCCCGCGCGCGGACCACAGUGAAGGGCUUUUUAAACGCGCUCUCCGGGGAUCCGCGAGCAGAACGAUCUGAACGGAUCUGUCGCCACGCGGAGAGCUCAUUAACCGAGACGCGCUUUGGACUUUGCGCUUCCGAGACAUGAAGAACAUCUGGAUCUUACUGUGCGCGGUUUGCGUCUGCCAGCCCGUUCCAGCGCAUCAACCGCCUGAUAGUUGUGUGUGCAAUGGGAAGGCUCUGUACUGUGUGAGAGACUCGCUGGGGUUACGCUGUGAGAAAUGCCAAGAGAACACUGAAGGCAGGCAUUGUGAGAGCUGCAAAGAGGGUUUCUACCACCAGAGGGCAGGAGAGCUCUGCCUACCCUGCUCCUGCAACACUGCAGGAUCUGAAGGCCCAGGCUGUAACAGUGAGGGGCAGUGUGUGUGUAAGCAGGGUGUGCAGGGGUCCAGGUGUGACCUCUGUGCCAACGGGGCUCCAGUCACCUCCCAAGGCUGUAGACAGCCUAGGCAAACAACUUGUUUAUGUUAUGGACAUUCAAAAGAGUGCUCUCCAGCUCAAGGCUACUCGAUUCACAACAUCACCUCAACCUUUGAUCGAGGGACGGAUGGGUGGCGGACUAUCACUGCUCAGAGGGUGAACCCAUCCAAGGUGCAGUUUCGCUGGUCCCCCACGCAUGGUGACGUUGAGGUCAUCUCUAAAGACGUGCUGCCGGUUUACCUGUCUGCUCCAGCUGUGUUCCUGGGGAACCAGGCUCUGAGCUACGGCCAGAAGCUCUCUUUCUCCCUCCGUCUGGACAGAGGCGUCCGCCACCCCUCUACCUCAGACGUGAUGUUGGAGGGGAAUGGUCUGACAGUUUCUGCGUCACUGGGAGACCUCAGGACUGUCAUACCUUGUGGAAGGAAAAUCACCUACACAUUCAGGCUGGAUGAACAACCUGGCGGCAGAUGGAAGCCUCACCUUUCUGCUGAAGAAUUUCAGACGCUGCUGAGCAACCUCACAGCCAUCAAGAUCCGGGCCACAUUCGGAGAAGACGGACGUGGUUAUUUGGAUAACGUCACUCUGGUUUCGGCUCGGGUGGGCUCUGGCGCCCCUGCAGGUUGGGUGAAGAAGUGCCGCUGUCCAGUGGGUUACCAAGGCCAGUUUUGUGAGCACUGUGCUGCAGGUUACAAGAGACGCUUCCCUGACCAGGGUCCCAGAAGCCCAUGUGAGUCUUGUACAUGUCGGGGAGGAAACUGUGAUCCUGAAACAGGAGACUGCUACUCGGCUGAUGAGACACCUGCCAGCCAGCCUUGCUCAGCUGGUUUCUACAGUGACCCCUGGCACCCCCGUGCCUGCCUGAGGUGCCCAUGUGCACUGGGCUCUUCCUGCUCGGUGGCCCCUGGCAUGCUGGAUGUGAGGUGUAGCUGCCCACCUGGGGCCACAGGUUCCCGCUGCCAGCACUGUGACAACGGUUUCUAUGGCGACCCCCUGGGAGAGCACGGCAUGGCACGACCGUGCCAGCGCUGCCAGUGUAACGGGCACCUGGACCCCGUUGCCAGGGGCAACUGCGACAGCCUCACGGGAGAGUGUCUGAAGUGUCUGGACAACACCACAGGCCCCAGAUGCGAGAAAUGCGUGGAGGGAUUCCAUCGCCACAGACCCACAGAUGUGUGCCAGGCUUGUAGGUGUGACCCACAGGGUUCUGUGUCCAGCUCAUGCAGUCCCAAAGGCCAGUGCCGCUGUAAGGAGGGUUUCCACGGGAACAAGUGUGAAAGAGAAGCAUGCCCCUCCUGCUUCAAUCCCAUUAAGAGCCAGAUUGAGAAGUAUACACAGAAACUCAAGGAACUGGAGGCUCUUUUCAACAGUGUGGGGAGAGGAGAGGUUCACGUCACCGUGGCUGUGGAGACUGCCAUUCACACUGCAGAGGAAAUGGUGCAAUCCCUGAAGAACAAGGCUGACGCUCUCACUGACGCGGAGGCAAGACUUCAGGACAAACUGUUAGCUAUCGGCAGCUCUCAGCAGCAGGAGGACGGGAACCUCCAGGAGGCUUCCAGGACUGUGAAGAACAUCAUCCAGCAGGACCAGAAGCAAAAGGAAGAAGUGGCUGAUAUCCAGAAUCUCAUCAGUAAUAUUAGAAAGAAGCUGCAAAAGGCUAAGCAGGACAUCAGUGAAGUCGAGUUCCCCUUAAGCGACGCAGAGGCUGGCACCAGCACGAUAGCCAGUUUGGUUCAGAAAGCUGCAGAUCUUGCUGACAAGCACCAGGGAGAGGCAGCAGCCGUGGAGCUCACGGCAAGGAAUGCCGUCCUGCAGGCAGAGAAUGCCUUGGCACGCAUGCGCUCCGUCGUCACCGGGGAAAACCAAGUCCGAGAACAGCUUAACGACCUCAAAAGCCAGUAUGAGCGAGAUGUGGCCCUGGUGGAGGCCAUGCAGAAGCAGGCAGCUCGCCUGAGCACUGAGGCUGGGAUGGAGAGUCGUGUGUCGGAGGAUGCUCUGAACCAGAUCUCUGACCUGGAGAACAACCUUCCCAAGGCUCCCAAGAAGGCUAUUUCUGGCUUGGUUGCCACACUGGAUGGCCUGAAGGAUUUACUAGCAAGUGAGGAAACCAGUUAUCAGAAACUACAGAAGGGCCUUCUGGCGGAUCAAAGAGAAGCAGAGGACUUAAUGAAUGAGAUUAAAACUGCUCAGCAGGCCCAGGACAAGCUGCUGCACAGGGCCAAUGCCAUCCAGGCUGAGGCAGAGAAGUCACUACAGAUUUUCAGCCAGCUGGACAAUGUGGACCAGGCACUGGACAAACUCAGAGGAUUUGAAGGGCAGAUCAGUAGAAGUAAGACUUUGGCUGAUGAGGCACUUAGAAAGCUGCCCAUCAUCAAUGCCACCAUCCAGCAAGCCACGGCCAACAAUGACAAGACGCAGGUGGUUCUGGACCAGCUCAGCAGCUACAGUGAUACUCUGGAUGCCCUUGACAAACUAAAUGGCACCCUGGCCAAAGUGGAGAAAAUGUCUGCUUCCCUUGCACCCUCCUCGGAUGUUCUGAAAACAGCCACCAAACUGCGGGGAGGUUUGGAAGGACUGAAGACCAAGGCAGACUCCACCAUGAACCAGCUGACCAAAGAGAAAAAGAAUGCAGAGAGAGAGCAAACGUUGGCUGGCGAGGUUAAUCAGGAGGCUAAUGAAGUAUUCAACAAAGCAAAGGAUGCCAAAGAUGCUGUCGGAGCCACUUUAAAGACUGUUAAUGACCUUCUGGGUUUGCUUGGAACACCGGACAGUGUGGAUGAGAAGAGGAUGUCAGAUCUGGAGAGAGCUGUGGUGGAGAGCCGCAGCCGCAUAGAGCAGGACUUGAAGCCGAGGCUACGGGAGUUGACGGACAGAGAAGUCCAGCAGAGAUCCGCCAUCACGCGCAUGCUCAGUGACAUCGACACCAUCCUGGAGGACAUAGCCAACCUGGAGGACAUUCGCAGGAACAUUCCAGAUGGCUGCUACAACACAGCACCCAUCGAAAGACCUUAGGGGCUAGGG